CUUCACGGGACACCCAACAAACGGCGAAGAAAAACUCCGAAGUGUAGCAACACAGGACUGAAAGAUGACUCGAGAGUUUUGAGCGAGGGGACGGAGGGAAGAACUUUUCUUUAUGCUAGCGACGCGGAUGGAAAUCAUUUGGGAUUACAGCUUCCUCUCCUCCUCUACCGUGGUACCCUGAACUCAGACUACAAAGGGACGUGAGUUUUGGGCACUCAGUAAUAAUGGAUACAUUCUUUAUAGAGGGGGCCCGUGUGUGGCUGAGGCACAAAGAGCAGCUCCUCCCCUCCACCGUCAGCUCUUGUGAUGAUGCUUCUUUGGUCCUCACCACCGACUAUGGGAAGGUGAUCCAUCUCCAGAAGGCCGAGCUGAACGGGGAGACGGUGUACCCGAUGCACCCGAGCAGCGUCCAUGGAGUGGAGGACAUGUCCACACUGGCAGAGCUGCAUGAAGCUGCCAUCAUGCACAACCUCUUACUGCGCUACAAGAGAGACAACAUCUAUACCAACAUAGGUUCAAUCCUGGCAGCAGUAAAUCCCUAUAAGCAGAUAUCGGGCCUGUAUGACAGCACUGCAGUCGAUCAGUACAGCAAACACCAGAUGGGGGAGCUGCCGCCUCACAUCUUCGCUGUGGCCAAUGAGUGUUACCGCUGCCUGUGGAAGAGACACGACAGCCAGUGUGUUCUCAUUAGUGGGGAGAGUGGUGCCGGGAAGACGGAGAGCACCAAGCUGCUGCUGAAGUUUCUCUCAGUGAUGAGUCAAAACUCAGCAGGCACUCCUCUGUCGGAGUGGACCACCAGGGUGGAGCAGGCUCUCGUCCAGAGCAGUCCCAUCAUGGAAGCCUUUGGAAAUGCUAAGACAGUGUACAAUAAUAACUCCAGUCGGUUUGGGAAGUUCAUCCAGCUUCACUUUUCCCAAAACGGAAACAUUCAGGGAGGCUGCAUCAUUGACUAUUUGCUGGAAAAGAACCGUGUGGUUCGACAGAAUCCUGGAGAGAGAAACUACCACAUCUUCUACGCUCUGUUAGCAGGGGCGGACACAGACCACAGAGACAUGUACCUCCUGUCCGAGGGUCCUGAGUCAUACCACUACCUGUGUCAGUCAGGCUGCAUGAAGGACAGCAGUCUGGAUGACAAGCAGCUCUUCAACAGUGUGAUGGAAGCCCUGAAAGUGAUGGAGUUCACGGAGGAGGAGAUCAGAGACGUGUUUAAGUUGCUGUCUGCAGUGCUCCAGAUGGGCAACAUCGAGUUCAUGACGGCUGGUGGAGCUCAGAUCACCUCCAAAGGGGUUGUCAGUAAUGUCAGCGAGCUGCUCGGCCUGGACUGCUUCCAGCUGUCCGAGGUGUUGACCCAGCGAUCCAUGAUCCUCAGAGGGGAAGAGAUCUGCUCCCCUCUCACCGUGGAGCAGGCGGUGGACUCGCGAGACUCGGUUGCCAUGGCGCUUUAUUCUCAGUGUUUCUCCUGGAUCAUAAUGAGGAUCAACCAGAAGAUCAAAGGCAAAGACAACUUCAAAUCCAUCGGCAUCCUGGACAUCUUCGGCUUUGAGAACUUUGAGGUGAACCGGUUUGAACAGUUUAACAUCAACUAUGCCAACGAGAAACUCCAGGAGUAUUUCAACAAGCACAUCUUCUCUCUGGAGCAGCUGGAGUACAACAGAGAGGGGAUCCAGUGGGAGGCCAUAGACUGGAUGGAUAACGCAGAGUGUCUGGAUCUCAUAGAAAAGAAACUGGGCAUGUUGGCUCUUAUCAAUGAGGAGAGUCGCUUCCCCAAAGGCACGGACUACACCCUCCUGGAGAAACUGCACAGCCGGCACGCAACAAACCCGUACUAUGUUAAACCCCGAGUGACCGACCACCAGUUUGGCAUCAAGCACUACGCUGGAGAGGUACUUUAUGAUGUGCGUGGGAUCCUUCAGAAGAACAGAGACACCUUCAGAGAUGACAUCUUGUUUAUUCUUAAAGACAGCAGGCUUGACUUCAUCUACGACCUUUUCGAGCGUGUCGGCAGCAGAAAUGGAGAUGAGACCAUGAAGAUGGGCACGGCCCGACGCAAGCCCACUGUCAGCUCUCAAUUCAGG